AUGAUGGCGGAAGAUUGGAUGACAUUGAAGCUAGAUACAGAGAGGAACAUAAUGAUGAAGCGAGCGCGAACUGCUCGGCUGAUUGUAAUUUGCGGAUAUGUAUUGAUGAUACUAGCAUUUACUGUGAUCAUCGUUUUUCCUUGCUUUGGUAUACCAUUCAGACGCUUAACAAAUCUCACAGAUCGAGACAAACCGUUACCGCUGCAGACGUAUUAUUUCUAUGAUACAGAUAAGAGUCCACAAUUUGAAUUCACAAUUAUUAUUCAAGGCAUAACAAUUUUCUUGGCAGCUAUAACAUACACAUCGGUAGAUGCUUUCCUUGGACUUACGAUUCUUCACAUCUGCGGACAGUUAGAAAACUACAGAGGUCGAUUAGCCAACUUGGUAUCAGGCAAUGAUUUUAAUAAUGCUUUACGAAGUAAUGUGAACGCUCAUCUACGACUCAUCAGAUUUGCUGAUAAGAUCGAAGAUACAUUCACGUUAAUGAUGUUGGGAUUAGUAUUUUAUUUUGAUUUUAUGUGGGCAAUUGAACUAAAUCGACUCGGUUUAGAAUUAAUCGGUUUAUGGCCCAAAACCAAUGGAGAUGUUAAGAAUACCUUCAUUUCGGAUCUUCGUGUGGGCGUAAUUUUCUUUAUAGUAACUGUCCUAUCUAUUAUCCCUCUUUUAUGCUCCCUUGUGCGAGUUUGGGGUGACAUGAUACUUAUAGUAGACAAUCUCCAAGUUACUUUACCUUUACUAGUCGUUUCACUGAAACUUAUUGUCAUACGAUGGAAACGUACAGCUAUUGUAUUGCUCGUAAAGAUGAUGGCAGAAGAUUGGAUGAAAUUAAAGAUAGACGCAGAAAGAAACGUAAUGAUUAGUCGAGCACGGACUGGGCGAUUGAUUGUGAUCUGUGGAUUUUUUUUGAUGAUAUUCGUAUUCACCGUGCUAAUUAUUCUUCCUGCUUUCGGGCUACACUUCAGAUAUAUAACAAAUCUUACGGAUCAGGGAAGAUUAUUACCCUUUCAGGCGUACUACUUUUACAACACAGAUAUGAGUCCGCAAUUUGAGCUCGCGCUUAUGAUUCAAGCUACGACAAUGUUUCUAGGUGCAACAACUUAUACCUCGGUAGAUGCUUUUCUUGGACUCUUGAUCCUUCACAUUUGUGGUCAGUUGGAGAACUUUAAACAUCGAUUGAUCAAUUUGACAUCCUGCAAAGAUUUUGAUACCGCUCUGCGUAACAAUGUACAGACGCAUCUACGAAUAAUAAGGUUUGCCAGUAACAUUGAAGAUGCAUUCACCUUAAUGAUGUUGGGAUUAGUAUUUUAUUUUGGUAUUGUAUUUUGUCUAUUUGGAUUUCUGUUUGUCACUGUGAUUACCGGAAACGAGAUAGGUCACAUGUCUCUUACAAGAAUAUGCUUUUUAGUGAUUGGAAUUUUUACAUUAUUGGCGCAUACGUUUCUCUACUGUGGUGCAGGGGAAAUUAUAGCAAAGCAAAAACAACCAGGUUGUUGCACUCGUAUCGUGGACAUGCGUAAUAAUCAUAGUUUGCCUAGUACAACAAGUGGUGUGAGCGUGUUCGCAUUAGUCUUUGGCAUGGACAUUGCCAAACAUUCACAAUAUAAAGAUUUUGCGUGGGCGAUUAAAUUAAAUCGCUUGGGUUUAGAACUAAUUGGAUUAUGGCCCAAGAAUGAUGAAGUACCUAAAAAUAACUUCUCUUCUGAUCUCCGUGUGGUCAUUAUUUUCGUUAUAGUGACAUUUAUUUCUGGUAUACCUCUCACCUGCUCCCUUAUACGAGUUUGGGGAGACAUGAUACUUAUGGUAGACAAUCUCCAAGUUACAUUACCUUUACUGGUACUUGCCAUUACUUUAAAACAAGGAACAAUAUGUGACGGUUCAACAAGUGAUUUUCUAUAUUUCAAAGCACUUUUAUCCAUCAUAAAAAUGAUGGCGGAAGACUGGAUGGAAUUGAAGACAAGAAAGGAAAGGGAUGUAAUGAUGAGGCGAGCACAGAUUGCUAGAAUUAUUGUCAUCAGUGGAUACAUUCUCAUGGUAUUGGCGUUCAUUUUGGUCAUCAUUCUUCCUUAUUUUGGUUUAUCGUUAAGACGUUUGACAAAUCUGACGGAUCCGGGCAAGCCAUUGCCGCUGCAGACUUAUUAUUUUUAUGACAUAAAUAAGAGCCCACAAUUUGAACUAACGUACAUUGUUCAAGCUAUUACAAUCUUCUUAGCCGCUGUAACUUAUACUUCGGUAGACGCUUUUCUUGGAUUCUCGAUUCUUCAUUUCAGUGGUCAACUGGAAAACUUCAAAAACCGUAUAUUUUACAUGAGUUCUAAUUUACUAAAGUUUCUACAGGUAGAUUUCGAAUGGGCGGUAAAAUUAAAUCGGAUCGCUUUAGAUAUUAUCGGACUUUGGCCUAAAACCGCAAAAAACACUCGACAGAAGUUAAUGUGCAAUUUUCGGGUGCUUAUGGUAUUUCUGGCCGUAACGUGCGGCGUACUAAUACCUUCUAUACAUUCAUUGAUAAAAAUUUAUGGAGACAUAAUGCUAAUGCUAGACAAUUUACAAUUUACCUUACCGGCUAUAAGUUGUUCGAUAAGAAUCAUGAUUUUUUGGUGGAAGAAGGAAGCCAUCAUACCGAUCAUGAAUAUGAUCGCGGAAGAUUGGACAAAAUCGAAAAAUAUACAAGAUAGAAACGUUAUGAUUAGAAGAGCAUACACUGCACGCAUUAUUAUUACUUGCGCCUAUUGCAUAAUGGGAGUAGCGUGUUUUUUCAUUAUCAUUCUCCCAAGCUUUGGAAUAUCGAUGAGAUUAACGCCCAAUAUCACUGAUCCAGGCAAACCAAUGCCUCUACAAACGUAUUAUAUUUACGAUAUAACCAAAAGGCCGCAAUACGAAAUAACGUUUUGUAAUGAAAUAUAUUAUGCGGCAUACAAUAAUGAAUGGUAUUCUGUGGAUCCAAAAAUUGCGAAAGAUUUAUUGCUUUUAUUGGUAAGAGGCGCUAAACCAGUCUAUCUUACCGCUGGAAAAAUAUUUCCUAUGACAAUGGCUACAUUUUGCGGCGUAAUGUAUUUUAAUAUUUAA